AUGAAGGUCCUCGCCGCCGCCUGCUUCGUUCUCCUCUUUCUCAAUGUCGCGGAGUCGCGAGCAGUGGCCGGCAGCGGCGGUAACGUUACGUCGUCCAAGCGCCACCACGAGCAUGGUCACCACGGCGGCGAGCGGCCGACGCACAAGCACAUGCUGUUCGUGUUCGGCGACGAGUUCGCGGACGCGGGCAACCUGGCGACGGAAGCGAACCUCGGCGGCUACUCCAAGACGUGGCGCUACCCGUUCGGCAUGUCGGACGCGGCGCACGGGCGGAAGCCCACGGGCCGGUUCUCCGACGGGCUGGUGCAGUCGGACUACAUGGCCAAGAUCAUGGGCAAACGCGAGUCCCCGCCCGCCUACAACGGCGACGGCUGGGACGGCGAAGUCGUCGACCCUUCCGGCAUCAACUUCGCCGUCGGCGGCGCCGGCGUCCUGCAGGCGCCCCCGGGGGCCGCGCCCGCGGGCGCCCGCGUGGCCACGCUCCACGCGCAGGUCAGGCAGCUCCGCGACCUCGUCAGCGACGGCCUUCUGCAGGACAAGGACUUCGACGAAUCGGUGGCGCUCGUCGCCUUCUCCGGCAAUGACUACGCACAAGUCGAUGCCGACGGCUUCGACGCGUUGAUUCCGACGGUGGUGGACGAGGAGGCGAGCGUGGUGUCGCAGCUGCAGGACAUGGGGGUGACCAAGGUGGUGGUGAGCACGCUGCCGCCGUUCGGGUGCUCGCCGUGGCUGGCGAGGGAUUCCAACUACACCUCGUGCCUCGACGGCUCCAACGACGGGCCCGCCAAGCACAACGCGGCGCUGCGGGACCGGCUGGACGGCGACGACGACGUGAUGGUGCUGGACGUGUACACGGUCAUGAUGGACAUGGUGGCGCCGCCGGCGGAAGGGUCGGAGCUGUCGGCGCGGUUCAAGGAGCGGCUGCAGCCCUGCUGCGAGAGCUACGACGAGGACGGCGCAUACUGCGGCGACCCCGACGGCCGGUACUGGCUCUGCGACCGGCCGGAGGACUACUUCUACUGGGACUUCGUCAACCCGACGCAGGCCGGGUGGAGGGCCGUCAUGCAGAUGCUCCAGGGACCCAUCAUGGCCUUCCUUGGCAUCUCACAGCUCAACCACUUUUGA